GCCGGCAAACUCGUCUUUAUAAGAUCGAGGGGGGGGGAAGCUUUCCCUUCAAAUUCCUGCGACACUCUUUAAAUCAGCGCAAUGGUACUGGGGGGGGUGGAGCUGCCGUGCAUCUUAAUUAUACAUGAGCCCGGGGCAGAUUCAUAAAACUGGCGUUUCCAGAGCCAUUCAUGGCUGCGUCUGUGACGGACGCGCAUUGCCCCGUUACUUUGACUCGUUCUUUGCAAAUUUUUUGCUCUAAAUUUUGAUCGUGUUCGCGGGGCCGUUUGCACGGGUUUAUUUUUUUCAGCGCCAUGACCCACUCCGGGGGUUGGCGAGUCACCCGCCGCGGUUCGGGGUGCAAAGGGGGCAAGGCUACCGCUCAAGAUCGGGUAAAUAGGAAUGUUUUACAGUAGCACGGUGCUGUGCUAUGCGGCGUCUGUACGCACCGACCGCAGAUCUCCGCCUUCCAGCGGCCAUCGCGACUGUUUUUGCGCGACCCUGCAGUGACGCCUGACUACUUACUUCCUACCUCGCAAAAAAUUAAAGAAAACUAUUCCAAGGUACGGCAGCAUUCAUGGAAGGCAGCCGCUUCUCCCGGCUGGAGAGACGGUGCAAAUGGCCUGGCGGCAGACGGUGGGACGAUGCUGACAGGACUGGUGUCGGCCGGACCGCAGAAUGGCAGGGGUCUAGGGCGUCCUAAGUGCGCUGCACGCCAUGCAGCGGCAGUGUCUCUGAGCCCGACACAGCGCACUGCUCCGUUCCUGUCCAAUACAUGUAUAUAAUAUAUAUGCAUUUUUAUACAUAGCUGCUGCGUAUAGCCUCCGAGAGCAAGGAUGAUGUCUAAAGCGGCGACUAAGGAGAAAAAGUCCUUCGGAAAGAAGCUUUUCCGCAGGGGCUCCGUGCGCUCCGUGGGCAAUUUCAUGAGCAGGGUCCUGAAGACCCUGUCCACCUUGUCUCACUUCGGCACCGAGGAGCACGUUGUGGAGAACGAGAAGGACGACGGCGGCUUCACGGUGUUUAAGAGCGGGGGUAAGGGAGCCGUUACCCCGGGCGAGGGCGAUCGCGACGGCAUCGGCGGCGACAGGGUGCCCGGGCUGUCCGGGCUAAAGAACCACGGGAACACGUGUUUCAUGAACGCCGUCCUGCAGUGCCUGAGCAACACGGAGCUCUUCGCGGAGUACCUGGCGCUGGAGCAGUUCCGGGGAGGGGGCGUCGGGGCGCAGGACGAGCUAGAGGACAAGGACGACAAGGGGAUCAUACACGGGCAGAAGAAGGAUGCUCUGGACAGUGGGGAGGUCACCGAGCAGCUGUCCGGACUCGUCCGAGCCCUGUGGACCUUCGAGUACACCCCUCAGCACAGCCGGGAAUUUAAGAACGUUGUGUCAAAGAACGCGCUGCAGUACAGGGGUAACGCCCAGCAUGACGCCCAGGAGUUCCUGCUCUGGCUUCUGGACCGGGUUCAUGAGGACCUCAACCACCUCGUCCACCCCAGCAACAGAUCCUCCAUCAAGCCACCCCUGGUGGAGGAUGACAGAUCCCUUGAAGGACCCACUCUGCCCCUGUCCGCUGGCUCCUUCGUGCAGGAGCUCUUCCAAGCCCAGUAUAGGUCAUCGCUCACCUGUCCACAUUGCCAGAAGCAGAGCAACACCUUCGACCCGUUCCUCUGCAUAUCCCUGCCGAUCCCCCUACCUCAUACUCGGCCCCUGUACGUGACUGUGGUGUACCAGGGGAAGACGUCUCACUGCAUGAGAAUCGGAGUGGCCGUACCUCUCCACAGCACUGUGUUCCACUUGCGAGAAGCUAUCUCUGUGGAGACCAAGGUGCCCUCUGACCAGAUCGUCUUGUGCGAAAUGUAUUAUGACGGCUUCCACCGCUCUUUCUGUAACGACGCCGAGGAUCUUAAUAUCAUUCAAGAAAGCGACUCGAUCUUUGCAUUUGAAACGCCGGAGACUUUCAGACCGGAAAAUGCUUGGGCUCAGAGAGGAAGCCUGCAGACAAACCUAAAUCAGAACAACUUGAAGUAUUCAGCAGAGAACAACAGGACGGCCUCGUUCAUGCAGGGCGCGGUGUCACCCAAUAAGAACUCUGAGAAAAUCGUCUUGCUGGUGUGCAACAGGACUUGCACUGGCCACCAGGGCAGGAGGUUUGGUCACCCCUUUGUGCUGCACCUGGAGCGCACAGUGUCCUGGGAGGGCUUCCAGAAGGAGAUCCUGGAGAAAAUGAAGCACCUGUUGAGACCAGGGGUCGGCGCAAAGGUGGGCCUCUUCAGCCUGCGUGUGGUGGGGGUGGUGGGAAUCACCUACCUUCUUCCCCAGGAGGAGCAGCCAUUGAGUCACCCCACCGUGGAGAGGGCCUACAAGGCCUGCGGACUUGGUGGACCCGCCCAUGUAAAGGUCGUGGUUGAAUGGGACAAGGACACCAGGGAUUACCUGUUCGGGAGCUCGGAGGAGGAGUAUAUCCCCGACGCGGACAGUGUGCGGCUGCACCGCGAGCUGCACAGCCAGCCUCAGGCUUGCACCCUGGCACACUGCUUCCAGCUCUACACUAAGGAAGAGCAGCUGGCCCCAGAUGAUGCCUGGCGCUGUCCCCACUGUAAGCAACUGCAACAGGGGCGUAUCAAGCUCAGUCUCUGGACCCUGCCGGAUGUCCUCAUUCUGCACCUCAAGAGGUUCAGACAGGAGGCGGACAGGAGAGUGAAGAUCCAGAAUGUGGUGAGGUUCCCCCUGGUGGGGAUGGACAUGGCGCCCCACAUGGUGAAAAGGAGCCAGAGCAGCUGGAGCCUUCCAUCGCAUUGGUCACCCUGGAGACGACCUUACGGGCUGGGCCGCGACCCCCACGACUACCUAUACGACCUGUACGCCGUGUGCAACCAUCACGGCUCCAUGCACGGGGGACAUUACACAGCUUACUGUAAAAACUCCGUCGAUGGACAGUGGUACUGCUUCGAUGACAGUGACGUCCAGCCCAUACCGGAGGAACAAGUUUGCAAGCAGACGGCGUAUAUCCUUUUCUAUCAACGGAGAACUGCCAUUCCUUCUUGGUCGGCUAACAGCUCUGUUGCAGGUUCCACCAGCUCCUCACUAUGCGAGCACUGGGUCAACCGGCUCCCUGGUAGCCGGCAGGCCAGUGUGGCUUCCGGCGCCUCGUCCAGACGCACCUCCCUGGCCUCACUGGCGGAGUCUGGGGAUUUCCCAGGGGAGCGCAGUGAGGAUGACGGAGGAUUCUCCAUCCGGCCUUUCGUGAGGAGCGUUCAGCGGCAGAGUCUGUCUUCAAGAUCAUCCUUAGCCAGCCCCCUGACUCUGAAUGAGAAUGGGAUCAAGCCCUCGUGGUCCCUCUCAGCCAAACUCCACCUGAGGUCCAACUCUCCCUCCCGCUUUUCCUUAGACUCCUUUUCCUCAUCCUUAGAGAGGAUAGGAGAGACUUGCGACGACAAAGUGUCAACGUCCUGUUUCGGCAGCUACAGCAGGCAUGAGCGGCAGGCGAAUAAGGCUCCCCUGGCAAAGAUGGAGGGCAUCACCAGCGACGAGGGCAACGGCACGGACUUCGUAGACGAGACCUACUGCAGGGCUCCCAUUCAGCCAGACAAGAAGAGCUUCAAGGCCGACCAGGUUGACAACAGCAACCAGCUUCCAGGUGUGGAGCAGAAGAAAAGUGGGCAAGGAAACCCCUCCAAGGAGCAGAAGCGAAGAAGCACUUCUGGAGGGUCAGGUUCGAAAUCGGAGAGCUCAGGCACCAAGAGGAGCUCUGCUAAGAUUGCGUCGGACAUGGAGAAGACCUCCAAGAAGCGCCUGGGCGGCAUCUCUACUUCUAAGUCCUCCUCUUCCCCGGUCUCAUCCAGCCCCCGAUCUAAGAGCUACACUAAAGUGUCUAACCUGAAGGACAAGACUGACUCUGCAAAGAUCACGAGGUCCCCAUCCACUGGAACACCUUCUAAGAAGGUAUCUGCCAAGGGUCAGGAAACACCACCACCAGGGGCCACCCAACAGAAGCAGCGUAUCUCAUCCAUGGCCAAAUCCUCCGUGUCUGCCUCACCCCCUGUUAGGAAAACCCUGUCCGGGACCGAGAGGACUUUGGCGACUGGUCGGGGCAAGCUGGAGAAGAGUGUCAGUCAGGACUCUCCCCGGACCAGCCCUUUGGUAGACAAACCCAAACCGAGCCCUGCGGCCCGGGCCUCACUGCCCCGAGGGGUCGACGGCAGCCGUCUGGAUAAGCGACUGCGCAGCUCCAGCAGCAGCUCCUCCGUCACCAGCCUACGGUCCCCAAGCGCCUCCUCUAGGGAACUCCACAGGAACAACAAAUCUGAGGAAAAGGGGUUAUCCUUUUUUAAGUCUUCGCUGCGACAAAAGGAGACGCGCAGGUCCGCAGACUUGGGCAAGACUGCCAUGUUGGCUAAGAAGGCUUCUGAGGGGGCUACUAAGGGGGGCACCCUGGCCAACGGCUCACUGGGGACCAACGACGGCUCUAGUAAGCCACCUCUAAAGGCGCCCCCGGCAUUCAAAGGUUCGGACAAGGAGAGGUCUCCCAAGACCUCAACCCCCGUCAAACGCUUGGCUUUAUCUCAGAGCAAAUCGAAGUCUUCCACCCCUGAGAUGGGACAGCAGUCUCCCGCAAAUGGGAAUAAGCUACUUGAAAAGACUGCUUCCUCUAGAAAGCUUUCCUCCGGCAUGCAAUCGUCUGCAAGACUAACACAGAAGCCUCAGUGAUCUAUGAAUAGUGAUUUUAGUUUUCCUGCAAUGCAGCUAUUUUUAUGUGCCUAAUUAUAAAUAUAUGUAUAAUAUAUACAAUUACAAUAUAAGAAUAUAUAUAGUCUAUAUUUUUCUUUUCUUAAAGAGAACUCAAUUCUGUAGAUUAUGAAAGCGCCUUUAUAUCCUACCAUCAAACCAAAUAAUUGCCAAAAUAAUUGGCAAAAUCUGGUACAAAGUCCGCUACUGUGCACAAUCAAAUAUUUCGCUCCUGAAUGUUUGUUUUUCUUUGUGUGUGUGUGUGCUUGUUUUAUUAUUAUUUUGCCAAAACAGUGGUAAUACAGACUUCACCAUUGAUUGCAAUGUUACUUAAGUUUUCUGUAAUCUUUCAUGCUUUGAAACGUCUGAGGUUACUUUAAUAUCGGUUUGCAGGACAAAGAUACAUCACCUUCACAUGGGUAAAAGAAAAAAUAAAAAUUCUGACUUAGUGGUAAUUAAAGACAUCAAAUGUCUUUGUAUAGCUCUUCACCAACACACCAAGUAUCUACAAUAUUCCCAACAAUACAAGGUUGUUCAAUAUGAAUAUAAAAGGUAGUUUUUUUUGCCUGGAGUUUUACUGGUUUGUGUGAAUCGGUAGAUGGUGCUGGGAUUGGGACACUAACCUCCAUGUCCACACUGAGAAUUUAUUUUGUUAGUCUGACUUUGUCACAUGGUUUGUUGCCUUUGUGAUCAUAAGAAAGCCACCUGCAGAUGACACACAGUAAUUGAGUCAUUUAGCUGCAUUAAUCCAAAUGCAUCCUAUAUAAAAUCUGAUAUAGGUCCAUCCUGAAUGUUCUGUUAGCCGGAUGCAUUUUAGCGGCCCUGUUUUAUCCCUUCUGGGACAUGACAUCAUCCCAGUGAGGCGAGUGCUGGAGUAAAGAGCGAGCUUCCAGAUUGAAAUGUUACUGUUUCUGUCACUCUUUACCUUUGGCUUUAAGGAAUUUAACCUGCUGAUUCCACCUGCUGACGAAAUCUCCAUCGGUUUAUAUGAACAGAUGUUGCAUGUUUCGGGCACAAAGGCCACAAGUGGUUUCAGGUGCUGAGCACGUUUUUGAAACUGCACACAUCUCCAUACUUCUCCUCGUACCCGGCUCUGUACAUCCUUCUCCAUCCUAUGCGUCUGGUCCUCGUGCCCGGCUCUGUACAUCCUUCUGCCUCUGGUCCUCGGGCCCGACUCUGUACAUCCAUCUCCAUCGUUGUGCCUCUGGUCCUCGUGCCUGGCUCUACAUCCUUCUCCAUCCUUCUGCCUCUGGUCCUCGGGCCCGGCUCUGUACAUCCUUCUCCAUCCUUGUGCUUCUGGUCCUCGUGCCUGGCUCUGUACAUCCUUCUCCAUCCUUGUGCUUCUGGUCCUCGUGCCUGGCUCUGUACAUCCUUCUCCAUCCUUCUGCCUCUGGUCCUUGGGUCCAGCUCUGCACAUCCUUCUCCAUCCUUCUGCCUCUGGCCCUCGUGCCUGGCUCUGUACAUCCUUCUCCAUCCUUCUGCCUCUGUUCCUCGGGCCCGGCUCUGUACAUCCUUCUCCAUCCUUGUGCUUCUGGUCCUCGUGCCUGGCUCUGUACAUCCUUCUCCAUCCUUGUGCUUCUGGUCCUCGUGCCUGGCUCUGUACAUCCUUCUCCAUCCUUCUGCCUCUGGUCCUCGUGCCUGGCUCUGUACAUCCUUCUCCAUCCUUCUGCUUCUGGUCCUCGUGCCUGGCUCUGUACAUCCUUCUCCAUCCUUCUGCCUCUGAUCCUCGGGCCCGGCUCUGUACAUCCUUCUCCAUCCUUCUGCCUCUGGUCCUCGUUCCCGGCUCUGUACAUCCUUCUCCAUCCUUCUGCCUCUGGUCCUCGGGCCCGGCUCUGUACAUCCUUCUCCAUUCUUCUGCCUCUGGUCCUCGUUCCCGGCUCUGUACAUCCUUCUCCAUCCUUGUGCCUCUGGUCCUCGUGCCCGGCUCUCUCUAUUGCAUGGUGUUUCUGUUUCAUUUCAUUUUUAAUGUCUGGUCGGACACGCGCCUACGCUCAUACAUACAACACACAUCAACCGGACACUUGGUGUUCAUGGUGUUCCAAAAUUUUAUCAUCAUCCUCGUUGUCCACGCCAUGAUGCCAUUUCUUUCUUUCCAGUUGACUGAGACAUCCAGCUAUGUAGCACAUAGGCCGCAGAGUUGCUGUAAUGCCCACCUCUCCGAUGGUGGUUACUAUCUGAAACAUUUAAGAGUCAGUCAGGGUGAGUGUGUUUGGUUCUCUGAUCUAAGUUUGUUACCUUAUGAUCAAGAACCCACUCUUAAAAUACUGUUUUACAUGUUGCAUGUAGCUACACCGCUAUUACCUGAAAUAAUUGUUUUUCACGUUAUCCUGUAAUAUUUUGCCUUGGUUUAAUGGUAAAACAUUAACCACAAUAAUGCUGCAUAUACGGUAUUGUACAGGGUUCGAGAAAUACCACAGUGCUCCCUGAAUUCAAUGGGGGUUGUAGCAUUAGAGAAAUGCCUGGUUCUGGUUUGUUGCACUGAAGGCAGAGGCGCCCUCUAGUGGAUGUUAGACACUGCUGAUGAAUGUACAAAAGCGGCGUUGCAUGUCUAUGCAUGAAUGUAUCUAUGCAAGCGACUGCUGGUGAUGCUGACUGCCUGUUGUUUUUCACGUUCUGAGUGGCGGAAUGCAUGGAUAGUCCUCGACCCGCCUCUGCCUCUGCUUUGAUGAUCUCAUUGCUCUUUACAUGAUGAAAAUGGCAUCUUUCUUUUCCUUUGAAUAACACUUCAUAUAAACGUCGGCUGGUGUUUGGUUUUCACAUUUUUGUCCUUAUUGAGUUUAAAAAAAAAAAAAAAAAGCUGAAUUAAUGCUUUUUUGGUUUCAGACAUCUCUGUAUAUCAGGCAUCCAUAAAAUACCAGUUUUCCCAUGUGUUGAAGUACCAACACUGAUUUCACUGAGGGGAAAAAGCCACCAUGAAAUGUUGAUUUGAUCCACUUUUGUCAUGUAUGUUGUUUUACUACCACAGUCAUGAACAGUUUGUAUGCUACGUUGACAAGCUUCCAAAUCUUUCUGGGUGAUAAGUUACUUAAAACAUUUUUGCCCCUCCAUAUAUGGUUACUAAUUAAGAUAAGAAUGAUAAUUGUGAUGAUAAAAUCUAUUCCAUAAUUGUUUUUUUUUAUGGUGGAGGAUGUUAAAGAAAUGGCAAUAAAACGGUAGUUCAAUAUGAAAUGAGAUUCCUUUGCUGUGAGUCAGUACACUGGAAUCGGUGGCUUGUUAGGCAUGUUGCUGUGUGUUUGCUUUUUAGACUUUAGGAUUUUAGGUUUUGCUCUACACUGGAAAUGUUCUCCAGGGCAAGUAUGUGGAAGGUUGUGCAAUAUGGGAAUCGAAUAUAUUUAAUAAUGACAACUUACAUGUGACUCAUGGGCAAGUGCAUGAGACUCAAAGCUUUGUUAAUUUAUUUGUAUAGGUCACAAUUUGAAGAGAAUGCACUUUUAAUAUGCACAUUUCUAUCAUUUUUAUGUUUCAGAAUAUGUUUUUCCUUUGAAAGAACAAAAAUUUGUAUAAAGGAUCUACAUAUGCAAGAAGAGAAACUGAAAUGUAAUAAACAGGAAACACAG